AGGCCUAACAGCUCAUUAUUGGGUGAUCCCUUUUAUAUCACAUGCAGUGUCAUCCACUACAUAUUCACACCCAAGCUCAUUCAUUUAGACAGUUGUUUGCACUUAGUGUUUUCCUAAUACGUGAAGAAUAUAUAGAUAAUAUCUUCCUCUUCUCAAUUAUUUUAAAUAGUGGAGUCACCAGCCUCUGAGUUCUGCCUGAGAGUCCAACCUCAGGGCAUAACAUCGCUCAGAUCGCUUGGCAUUAUGGGUAAAACAUGUCGGCGCCCUCUUCUCACUCUGUUGCCCACCUUAUCUCAAUACGAUAAUUGAGUUAUGCACAUCGUAAACGAGGAUCUUCUCUCUUUCAAACAGUGGACAUUGUCGUUUUAACUUUGAACUUUAACUGCGAAGAUGUCUGAAAACACGCAGACGGGGGGCGUCUCUGGGAAGGCGCUGACAAGGGCAGCGAUCGCUGAGAUGCUGGGGAGGAAUUUCGAGAGACUGCCUGACAUUGACAAGAGCUUCUUCAUGUACGGCCCCUUGUAUCUGGGGGGGAACGCCGGACUCGCAGGCUUGAUAUCCAACAGCUUGUACCGCCGAGCUCUGAAUGUGAAGAAGGCGCCCCUCGCCUCCGGAGUGCCAAUGGCCGUGCUGCCCUUCCUCACGACAUUCGCGCUGUACCAGGCGGUGGUGUCCCAGCCCCUCAUGUCCGGGGACCUCAACUGUCCCUCCUGCGCCCUGUUGAGAGGGGCGCUUGUGGGUGUUGUGGGCGGUGGGGUGUAUCCCAUCCUCCUGGCCCUGCCUGUGAAUAUCGGCCUCGCCUCCAUGUACAGCUCGGCCCCCCAGCCAGAGAAGGGCAACGUGCUCCGGUACUGGGUGGACCUGUCCAGGCCCAUCCUGAGGAGGAUGAGGGCAGUGUUGGCUCUGCAGGCCUUCUUCGGCACCUUGCUGGCCUCCAGGCACUUUCAGUCCUACACCAAACUGGCCCAGAUUACAUUCGGAUCCAGUGGAGAGGAACUCAAAGACUAAAACGUUCUGAACUGAACCUUUAAAAUGAACUCCUUUUGUUUGUUGCGUUGAUUUGAAGUGUGUCUGAGCUGUUGGCUUCAAGUUGAGAUGAUGCCAACUGUGUAAAUUUCUGGUAUGUCAAAUGAACAUAAACACGGAAACUGACCGCUUUUACGGCUCAUUAAAAUGGAUUUGUGGAAAAGUAAAGUCAGUCUCAUACUUUUAAAGGAGCAAUAUGUAAGAAUUAAAAAACAAAACAAAACAAAUUGUCCACAAAAAUGAGAAACAAUAACAGCUACGCAGCAUGCUAACCAGCUAUCCCCAGCCUGUCCCGGUCCAAAGCUCCCAUGUUAGCAGCAUGAGCGCCAACACUUCCCCCGGUGCCUCCAAGUUCACCAUCCGGACCGCUAGCUUCAUGGCUAACCAAGCUAACUAGCUAACGACAGCUGCACUUAUUUAGUCUGGUGAUAUGCUGCUUAUUCUGUGCAUGAAUUCAACAGGUCGGUUUUUACAUAUUGCACCUUAAGGUUAAAAAAGUUGUUAUGAGAACUUUGGCAUCACGUCAAUCAGUUUAGUCUUUAACAUUAGAGCUGAAACUAUUUAUUGCAUGUAGAAAAAUACCAUAUUUUUAAUGUAAUAAUUCUUUUGUGCAGAAAAAAAAUCAGAACAUUGUCCAAUUCAAUCUCAUCAAUUUAGCAAAUUUAGUCAUUUUCACCUUUCUGGUGACUUCCAUAUGAGCAUUGAUGCCUGGGAUACAUUUGAAAUCAUGUCAUCCUUUUUUUUUAGGGCAUUUUGUAUCCAGUCAAACAUACCAAAAUGCAGUCCUUUGACCAAUGUCACAAACAAAAUCAACUGCAGGCAAUCAACUAAGCAUGGUUGACUUUUAUUAAAGGCUUUUUUGAAGAA